GGCGCUACAGGGCAGGUGAUUUUUCUAAAGAAACCCCUAUCUCAAAAGUCUGGCUACGCCCCUGACUGGUGUCCAAUGUCUCUGAUCUUUCCAAGUGUCCGGCCAGUGUCUCUGCUCAAGUGAAGUCAUCAACAAAGACAGAGUCUGAAAAUUAUAUCACAGCUAGUCAUCAGUAUCUGGAUGGCUGAGGACAGUCAGCCAAAGGAUACACACUUGCACUCAGCUGCAAGUAGUGGAGACAUAGAGGGUGUCAAACGUCUGCUAAACUCAAGACAACUUAAAGUAGACACCAUACAUUCUAGUGGACAGACACCUCUUCAUCUUGCUUGUGCCAAUGGGCACCUUCGUAUUGUUGAUGUCCUGGUUAAUGAGUAUGGUGCAGAUAUUGAGAUCCUCGAUGCCAAUGGUUGCAAUUCACUUGAAGUUGCUGCUAGAAGCGGUAACAUUCAGAUAUUGUUCUUUCUUGUGCUUACUGCCAUAUAUGGACAGAGACAUAGCAAGAAAUUAAGAGGAUUAUCCUCGUGUGCAGUGUGCACACUAAAACAAGACACAGCAAUAAUAGAACAGAUUUUAUUAAAAUACUAUCAUGAUACUCAAGCUAAGGAGCAAACUGGAACAGUGUUACUCACAGCGUUUAGUGAUGUGCUUACGAAUACUGAAAAUAAUUAUAGCAAUUUCUAUCCGCCUUUCUUAGCAGCUACACUUGGUCUUACAAAUGUUAUAGACAUCUUUGUUCAUGAAUAUGGCUGUGACAUUAAUAUCAAGGGAUUUAUAGGUUUAACCAUUCUCCAUGGGGCUUGCUUUGGAGGACAUGUUCAAAUGGUGCAAAAGCUUAUUGGUGAGCAUGACAUUGAUCCGCAUACAACUACUAACGACAACAAUCAGUCAAUUCUCCAUUAUGCAGCUUUGGGAGGUAGUGUUGAUAUAGUUUCUUCACUGAUUGCAAAUUAUGGGCUAAACCCUUGUGUUCUUAACAAGUUCUAUGACUCGCCCCUUAGUGUAGCUGCUUUAAAUGGUCAUACGGAACUUGUACGAGCACUGAUUGAAAAGCAUAAUUGUGAUCCUUUUGCAACCAGUCAUCACGGAUCUACUCUUCUUCACCAUGCAUGUGCCUCUGGAGAAAUACCACUUGUUAAUGAGCUUGUAAGAAAGUAUAAGCUAGACAUAGCAACCAAAGAUGAGGCAGGCUUUACAUCUCUACAUACAGCUGCUUGUCAAGGACGAACAAAAGUAGUGGUACAUCUUAUUAGCAUACUGCAAGCAAAUGUUAAUGCUGUUACUGAUAGAAAUGAGAGUGCAUUGAGUCUUGCUACUCUACAUGGCCACAAAGAUUUAGUUCAUAAACUUAUAAGUGACUAUAACUGCAACCCUCAUGUCAAAGGCUCUAAAGGCACAACUCUUCUUCACUAUGCCACUCAAGGUGGCCACAUUGAACUAAUCGACGUGUUGAUAACUGACUACAACCUUGAUUUGAGGGUUAGAGAUGAUAACGGCCAUACACUUUUACAUUUUGCCGCCAGCUAUGGCCAGUUUGAAGCAUUGCAGCACUUAGCUCGAACAGAAAAAAUAGACAUUGAUUGUCUCAAUAAGAAUGGUUCUACACCACUUCAUCUGGCAGCAUUGAAAGGACAUAAUCAUAUCUUACGUGUUCUAAUAGAAGAGUUUAAUAGCAACCCCUUUGCUAAAGGGUAUGUGGGCCGAACAAUUCUUCAUUAUGCCUGUAAAAAUGGUGAUAAUGAGUUAGUGGACGAAAUAAUAGCUAAGUAUGAACUCAAUCCAAUGAUAGAAACUGAUGAUCGAAAUACUCCUCUGCACAUUGCUGCUAGGCACGGGCAAGUUGCAACAGUCAAACAUUUAAUCUCAAAGCAUCAUGUUAAAGUUGAUUGCCGUAACAGCCAACAGCGUACUCCUUUGGAUCAGGCAGUGCUAUAUGGACACAAAAAUGUAAUGAAUUUACUUUUAAAAGAAUUUACCUCUGAUCCUCAUGUCAAAGGCUUUGAAGGCAGAACUCUUCUUCACUAUGCCACUGAAAGUGGCCAUAUUGAACUAAUUGAUACUCUGGUAACAGACUACAACCUUGAUUUGAUGGUUAGAAAUGAUAACGGCCAUACACUUUUACAUGUUUCUGCCAUCUAUGGCCAGUUUGAAGCAUUACAACACUUAGCUCAGAAAAAAACAAUAGACAUUGAUUGUCUCAGUAACGAUGGCUCUACACCACUUCAUCUGGCAGCAUUGAAAGGACAUAAUCAUAUCUUGCGUGUUCUAAUAGAAGAGCUUAACAGUAAUCCCUUUGCUAAAGGGUACGUGGGCCUAACAAUUCUUCAUUAUGCCUGUAAAAAUGGUGAUAUUGAGUUAGUGGACGAAAUAAUAGCUAAGUAUGAACUCAAUCCAAUGAUAGAAACUGAUCAUCGAAAUACUCCCCUGCACAUUGCUGCUAGGCACGGGCAAGCUGCAACAGUCAAACAUCUAAUCACAAAGUACGAUGUUAAAGUUGAUUGCGUCAACAAUCGUCAGCGUACUCCUUUGGAUGAGGCAGUGCUUUAUGGAUACAAAAAUGUAAUGGAUUUACUUUUAACCUUUGAUCCUCAUGUCAAAGGCUUUGAAGGCAGAACUCUUCUUCACUAUGCCACUCAAGGUGGCCACAUUGAACUAAUCGACACGCUGAUAGCUGACUACAACCUUGACUUGAUGGUUAGAGAUGAUGAAGGCCAUACACUUCUACAUGUUGCUGCCAUCUAUGGCCAGUGUAAAGCAUUGCAGCACUUAGCUCAAACAGAAACAAUAGACAUUGAUUGUCUCAAUAAGAAUGGCUCUACACCACUUCAUCUGGCAGCAUUGAAAGGACAUAAUCAUAUCUUACAUGUUCUAAUAGAAGAGUUUAACAGCAAUCCCUUUGCUAAAGGGUACGUGGGCCAAACAAUUCUUCAUUAUGCCUGUAAAAAUGGUGAUAACGAGUUCGUGGACGAAAUAAUAGCUAAGUAUGGACUCGAUCCAAUGACAGAAACUGAUUAUCAAAAUACUCCUCUGCACAUUGCUGCUAGGCACGGGCAAGUUGCAACAGUCAAACAUCUAAUCACAAAGUACAAUGUAAAUGUUAAAGUUGAUUGCCUCAACAGUCAGCAGCGUACUCCUUUGGGUGAGGCAGUGCUGUAUGGGCACAAAAAUGUAAUGGAUAUACUCAUAAAAGAAUGUGCCUCUGACCCUUUUGUCAAAGGUUUUCAGGGCAGAACUCUUCUUCACUAUGCAACUGAAGGUGGCCACAUCGAACUAAUUAACGCACUGAUAACUGACUACAACCUUGACUUGAUGAUAAGGGAUGAUAAUGGUGAUACACUUCUACAUGUUGCCGCCAGCUAUGGGCAAUUUGAAGUAGUGCAGCACUUCGCUCAAAAAGCAAUAGACAUUGAUUGUCUUAAUAACAAUGGCUCUACACCUCUUCAUCUAGCAGCACUGAAAGGACAUCAACAUACUGUGCAAUUAUUUGUUAAAGAGUUGAAGUGUGACUCUAGCAUCACGGAUAACACAGGCAUGACUAUUCUGCACUAUGCCUGUCAGAGUGGUAACAUAGGCUUGAUUGAUUACUGUGUAGCUGAAUGUAAACUCAAAUCUACAAUUCAAGAUGACCUUGGCAACACAAGUCUGCAUUUAGCUGCUUUCAUGGGGCAGAAUAAAGUAAUAGAACAUUUUAUUAGCAAAUACUUAGUAAAAGUUGAUAUUCGUAACAAAGAAAAUGCUACUCCGCUGUGUCUUGCAGCCGAAAAGGGACAUCGAAGCACUGUAAAACUGUUGAUACAACAAUAUAGGUCCAACAAAUUUGUUAAAGGCUUAAAAGGGAUGACUCUCCUCCAUUAUGCAUGUGCCGGACCUGUUGAACUGAUAGAUGAUCUUAUCAUAGAAUAUGAGCUAAACCGUCAUGCAAAAGAUGAUGAUGGAAAUACAGCUCUUCAUUUAGCUGCUUUCCAGAAUCAAAUUAAAAUUUUUAAACAUUUAAUUACCAAACGUAAAUUGAAUGUUAACGAUUGCAACAAUGAAACCUCUACUCCAUUGUGUUUAGCUGCUCUAUGUGGUCACAAAGAUUUGGUAUGCAUGAUGAUUGAGGAAUUCAAAUGUGAUCCUCUUAUUAAAGGUUCCCAGGGCAGAGGAAUUCUACAUUAUGCUUGUCAAGGUGGACAUACUGAUCUAAUAAAAACACUGAUUGAAAGUUAUAAACUCAACCCAACAACUGUAGAUGAUUAUGGCGAUACUAUAGUGCACAUGGCUGCUCAAAAUGGACAUAUGUGUAUAAUGCAGUAUUUGAAAACUGAGCUUAAUGUUGAGAUGGAUAGUCGCAACAAGGCAAUGGUCACUCCUUUGUUUCUAGCAGCUCAGAACAGACAUGUUGAAUUAGUGAGAUUCCUAUUAAGAGAGCUUAAAUGUGAUCCAAAUGUCAAAACCCUUAAGAACGAGACACUUCUGCAUUUUGUUUGUGCUCAAUCGGAACCAGUUUUGCUGAUUGAGCUGAUUUCUGAGUUCAAACUUAAUCCUUUAGCUGAAGAUGACAAUGGUAAUACUGCUUUACACAUGGCAGCUCAGUCUGGACAUGACCGACAUGUAAUAUUACUAGUCUCCAAAUUUGGACUCUCUGUCGAUGCAAAAAAUCAUAAUGGUACCUCACCAUUGCACUUAGCUGCUAAAAAUGGACAUUCAAAGGUUGUUGAUGCACUCAUUAAUGAUCUGUGUUGUAAGUUGGAUGAUUGCAACAAAAAUGGUCAAACAGUACUGCACAUUGCUUGCUUUUUCGGCAACUUACUGCUUGUUAAGAUGUUAUUGACUGUUUACAAAAUGUCUAUUUUCUCUGUUGACUUUAAUGGGAACACACCUCUUCACCUCGCAACUAUUGGUGGACAUAGCAGUUGCGUGGAGCUACUCUUGUUUACAUUCAAUGCCCCAGUUUUUGUGAGAAAUAAAUGUGGACUUACUGCUAUGGAGGUUGCUAAGUCUAAUGCCGCCGAAAGUAUUUAUGCACUGUUUAAACGAUACAUGAAGGAGCAAAGUUCUCAUAUCCAGCUCACCUACCAAGAACAUGAAACGCUGGUUAGAAAACAGUAUAGUGGACACAAGCAUCUCGGAAGGUUAUUGUUAAUGGGGCACCCAGCGGCAGGAAAAACGACUCUUAUCGAAACAUUGAAAAGAAAAGGGAUUCUAAGUAAAGUGUUUGGACGUACAACGGUAGUUGCACCUCACACAGCCGGCAUUGUUUCUAGCACACUUGAUAGUGAUCAGUUUGGGCGGAUGAUCUUCUUUGAUUUUGCAGGUGACCCUGAAUACUACUCUUCACAUGCUGCUAUCUUCGAGAAUUUGGAUACCACAAAAGGUGUAAACAUCUUUCUGAUUGUGUGUGAUUUAGCUCAAAACAAAGACAUUCUAAUCACCAGAUAUGGUUAUUGGCUUUCAUUUUUAACCUACAAUACUCGUCAAUCAAGUACACCAGCAUUAGUUUUGCCAAUAGGAAGCCAUGCAGACAUGAUUAACAAGCAUACUGCUUCUGAGAAACUUUCUUCACUUAAUGAAGUUUCCGGUCGAUUCAUUUCUACUAGUACUGUUAACAUGCUACAUAUCAAAGAAAGCAUUGCUCUAGACUGUCGUAAAACAGGGAGCAUUGUAGACAGCAUCAAAGAAGUAGUGAAAAAUACAUCAUCAUCAGUGCCUCCAGUUGGACUUAGCCUUGAAAGCACUGUUCUUCUCGGCUUACUGUUGAAAGACUUUGCACUUGUCCCGGCAUGCACUCUUCAAAAAAUUGUUUCACAUAUUGAGCAAGUUAAAUUUCCACUAUCUAACGAAUCCCAUAAAAUUGUCAGCCUUCUGCAAGAACUACACGAGUUUGGUCUGAUACUGCUCAUCACGAGAAAUUGUGUAUCACUUGAGGACUAUUGGGUUGUCUUGAAUGUAUCAACACUCACAUCUGAAGUGCAUAGCAAACUAUUUUCUACUACUAAGACCGAACUGACAAGUGAUGUAGAUCAACUAAAACUAAGUGUUGGUAUCAUUCCUGAAUCGCUGCUAGAGAAAUUACUACCGAAUUACAUUAAGAAGGAAUGCCUGAUUCAACUCCAAUAUUGUCAAGAAAUCGAUGAUAUUUAUGUUGAUGACGAUCACACUUUAACACAAGUGCACUCGGAUGAGAGACCUUCACGGAAGUCACUUCUUUUUUUCCCAGCUCUUUGUAAACUGAAUUUAGAAGAAAUCUCCUGGCCAACCAACACUGACAGACAAUGUGCUCUUGGAUGGUAUGCAAAAUGUGCUAACAAUAAUUUUGACUACUUUCCCUCACGCUUUCUGCAUGUUCUGAUUAUUCGACUAUCUUUGAGCUUUGCUCUAAAGCAAAGACUUCCAACUAAUCGUAGCCUAAUGAGCAGUCUUUCAGGUAGUAUCUGCUCCUCAUUAACUUCCUUGAGCAGUAUUGCCACAACAGCUGAUAUUAGUGAUGUGGAAUCGAGUUUAUUCGAGGUACACACCUUUAAUCGUCGUUGCCAUGUCUGGACAACUGGCCUUCACUGGCUAAUGGAAAACGGAGUGGAGGUUUUUGUUGACAUGCCCAAAGAUACAGGCAAUAAGGGACUAGUGGUAGUCACUAGAAGCAACAAUGACUGUCGAGCUGAGUGUGCAAAUACUUUGCAGAAAGUUAUUCAGAAAAUAAUCGAAGCUAAAGUCGAAUUUUGUCAUAGUAUUUCACCUGCCGUGUAUCUACUUGAUCCAGCCAAGCUCAGGGACACGUCUUUCAUAAAUGCUAAAGACGUGCCGCUGUAUACACUAAGUGAUGUUGAGGCAGCACUUGCUGAAAGCUACAAAAAAGCAGUCAGUACUGACGGACACCAUUUCUCCUCCCCUGUGGAGUUUACUAAUCUAACACGAUGGACAAUGUCCUACUGGAAUCUCUUAUUUCCAAUGGAUACCAGUGAUGUAGACAGUGCUAUAAGAGAAAUUUCUGGAACUAAUUGGAAGCUUCUGGGGAUAAAUCUCGGCAUUCCUCUCAAAGAUCUUGAAGACAUUGACUCUGAGACUAUAAAGAUCAAGAACAAAAAGGCUGAGAUGAUCCAAAUUUGGAUGACAGGUGAAAAUAGGCCUACAUGGCCAGGCCUUGUUGACUCACUCAGGAGUCAAUCAAUUUUGUUGAAUCAAGCAGCAGAGAGGGUAUCUAUGGAGCAUCAAGUCCCGCUGCAAAGAAUAAUCCUUGAUGAAAGCAAGUCCAUCAGUCACCCAGACAUGGACUUCCUCCAAUCGUUUGCUGCCAUCAUUGGCUCUCGAUGGCAGUGUCUUGCUUCUCUCCUCUCCCUCACCUCUGAAGAUAUUGUGAGCAUCAAGAAAGAGUCAAGAGGAGCAGAACCCACCAGACAAGCACUCGUCAUGCUGCAGAAGUGGGCAGCUAGCGACACGGCAACUUAUGGGCAGCUGCAAGAAAGACUAUGUACACUUUCAGUAUUUCAUAUUUGAUCUAUCAUCAUCACACCAUGCACUACUGCAACAAAUAGACAUUUUCAGCAACAUGCAUUAUGUUAAUUAGUGCACUGAGCCCACACGUCAUAACAAACCCACAACAUGCACUAAUUUACAAUAGUCAUACCACAGCCUUUACAAUUGAAUAUUUAUUUUCACAGCAGUUGACACACAUUAUGUUCAUAUCACACUUUUUUAAUUUUAUUGCACAUUCUCAUGUAGUUUAUCACGUCAGUUUAUGAUUUUGUUUUAUGCUUGUAGCUAGUGACUUUGAGCUGGCCAUUGGAUUAGCCCCCCCCCCCCCCCUUGCCGUGACUCUUCAUGUAGAUAUUAGAACGCUAAUCAGAAAAUGUUAUUUAGCUAUAUAUAGGAGCCCCCCUCAUGUACCUUACCUGUUGAAUUGAUCACUUUCAGUAAUAUUAAGUUGUUGUGCCAGUAAUUGUGAGUGUAUUAUACAGAUCAAAAAUGGAUUAAAAUCAUGAGAGGGGAGGAGGGUACAUACGUGAUGAAUUAUAUAACACAAAAUUAAAACAAAA